AUGAGGAGAUCUUGCAUUUUGUUUCGACAACCAGCAAAACUGGUGAACAAGUAUAUUCCUCCCAGUGAACGUGCUAUUAGGGAAUAUAAGAAGUACCAAGAAGAGAAGAACAGGAAGCAGAAAUAUGGCAAGUAUAUCCAAUAUGGAGUACUCUCAUUGGUUGGAAGUGCAGUCUUGAUGUAUUAUUGGCAGCCAUGGAAUCCUUAUUCGACCGAUGUUAGUAAGGAAUUAAGAAAGGGCUUAUGGGAAGAGAGAGAUGGAAAAGAUGACUAUCUAAAUGCUUUGAAGCACUACCAACUAGCUCUUAAGCAAUCGCAAGCAGAGGGGAUGGAUCAAUUGAGUUUAAAAUACACAGGCAUUGUUUUGAAGAUUGCAGAGAUGUAUGAGCAUUUGAAUAUGAUGGACAAAUUGAUUGGAACAUACCACAAUUUGAGUAAUUUUAUUUUUGAGCACCUGAUUCGGAAUAACAUUGACAAAGAGAAUCCCGAGAGGGAUCUUUUGAUUGACAGGGACUUGAUUGUGAUUACUAGAUGGUCAAUGUUAAGGCAGAAGUCAAAGGACAAAGACUGGAAAAAUGAAAUUCAGACGGAAAUCAGAGAUAGAAUGGAGUUCAUAGAAAACUACGAAUUAACGGAAAGAUUGCCAUGGCUCCAAAUAAAAGACAAGGAUUCUGAAUUUAACAUAUUUGAACUCAUGGAUAUAUGGGCUUUUAGGAAGAAUAAACUGUUCAACAAGGAAGAGCUGAAAAAACAAUGGAUUGAUAAGCAUGUUCAAAGCAAAGAUGGCCAAGAGUUUUUGAAAUGCUGGGACUUGUUCAGGAGUUACGAGAAGAAGGAGUGGCCUGUUUGGAUAUCAUCAUAUCUAAAACUUAGGGAUUACUUUGGAAUGUUUGAACUGAGUACGGGAAAUAGCCUGAAUGCAAUUAAAAUUCUCCAAAGCAAUAUAAUUUGGUUAACCAUUGCCGGUAUUGAAGAUGCAGUCAACGGACCUACACAGUUCCUUAACUUAGCAUCUGCGUGGUUUCAAUAUGGACAAUCAGCCAAUAGUCCUAAAGCAUACAAGAAUUCUGAACUAAUAUACAAGAAGCUUAUUUCUAUUGUUAACCAAGAAGACCCUAUUCUUCCUAUCACAUAUUAUUCUCUAGGGGUCUUGUAUUUACAAACCAACCGUAGGGAUGAUGCCCUCCGAGCAUUUGAUACAGCGAAAUCCAAAGCCGUUGAUUUGGACCAGAUCCAAAUAAUAGACAAAAUAGAUGAUGAGCUGCUCAAAUGA